UUCUUAUUUUUUUUUCUUUGCUCAACAACUCGAAAACAUCACAAAAGAGUUAUCUUCUCUCAUUUUCUUUUCUUUUCUUUUCCCGUCAAAUCUAAGCUCCCAAACUAAACGUUAGACUCAUUACAUAUAGUGGUUAAGUUUAAGACUAAAUGUACAUAAUGGUUUACAGAUAAUGAAUAACCUUCAAAUUCUAGUGUCAUAAUUAGUGAUUGUUGAAACCAACAACGUUUGACUCUUGAGCUCGGAUGCUUUGCUUUGGCUUUAUCUCUUCACACACACACACACAAGGAACAAGCAGUCCUACAGGAUCAUCUUCAUCUGUUCAUGCCAUCAUUCUACUCAGAAAUGAAAAACACAAACUGAUCAGUCACCUCACCAAAAUCAGACCAUUUCAGGCCAUCAUGGACUCGGUCAACGAUUCCCUCAUGGCCUCCAGCAAAGUGAGUCUAUUGCAACACCAUCCACAGCAGCCAUCUUCGUCAAGAAAUCUACUAAAAACCUACAAAACCCUCAUCAUAAUCAUCUCUUUCUGUUUUAUCAUCCUUGCUUCUCUCAUCUUAAGCACCAUAAUCUUAUUCCACAUGCAUAACCGCAACAACUAUAACCUCACCUCCGAGCCCACCGAGUCACUCUGGUCGAACUCGGCAAACUUGAAGACCUUUUGUUCCGUCGUGUCUCAGGACCCCGACUUAUGCUUUACCUCUAUAUCCUCCUCUAUCAAGGGAACCGAGACCGACCCAGAUGACAUUUUUGCCGUCUCUAUCAAGGUAGCCAUUGAUAAUGUCACCAGCCUGGCUCCAUUGAUGAGAGAAGUUUUGCUGAGCAGGACUGGAGCCGAGUGGGCUUUGAAACAUUGCACCGAGUCAGUGGCCGACUCACUGAGUCAACUCAAUAGGUCUUUGACUGCAGUGCAGCUGGGGGCAAAGGAAAACCGCCGGGUAUUUUCGUCUGAGGCCCCGGUCGACUUGGGGGUGCAGCCGUUGACUGCUGAUCGGAGGGGAUACGUGAUGACGUGGCUGAUUAGAGCAAUGAGUGGUUUGGACAGCUGUGUUGAUGUUUUGGAUAAUGUUGGAUCAGUGGCUGUAGAUGAAUUGAGCGUGAAGGUGUACAAAGCUAGGGUGCAGGUCAGCAACAGCAGAGAGUUUCUCUUGUACAAGGAUAAAAUAUUGGAAUAUUUUGUCAUCCAUCCAGCUGGAGUUGAGGACCGGAGCAGAAAAGCUUGAAUUGGAGUGUAAUGAUCCUCUUGCACAUGUACUUUUGGCAGAUAGGUUGUAUUUUGAUAUUUGGUGGUGUAUCUUACGUUUCACUUUUGGUUUGUAACUAAGAUUGAAUUUUGGUUGAAUUGUAAAGCUCUGAUGUUAAAUUGGGAGGUUUGAAAGGUUAUUUUGAUAAUUUAUUGUAGUGAGUCCUGGCAAGAAUUGGACAGACGGUCCGCCAAACCCUUGGAUACGCCCUAAGGGGAGGUGAAGUCGUCACAAUGUUGGAGGCAAGCUUAUUUUCCUCUU